AUGAGCGACGCGUCGUCCGCCCAAGUUCAAGCGUCAACAACAGAUUCAACAACUUCAAGAACAGCUACAAAUACAUUUGACCACUCUCACGCAUCAUCCUCCCUCCUCUCACCUCCAGAGUCGCCGUCGGGAGCUCAGGAGAUCUCCUAUUUUUCCCAGAAAUCGCCUCUACCACCACCUGCAACCAGUUCUGAAUCCAUUCAUGCGCCAUCCAAGUCCCCAAAGUCGCCCGGUGGCCCAUGCUACACCAGAGACGAACUGGUGUACCUCAAGAAGAGCCCGCUUGUAGCUGCCCCGCCAGGUAUGCCAUCGCGCAAAGAAUGGUUUGGCGAGGCCAACGAACAGCUCAGCAAACCAAGGGAUCACGACAGCCUCACGGCGACUAGGAUGCGACAUAGGCGAGAUCCUGAAGGUGAUGAUCCAUCUCGAGCAUCCGACUCUUCGCGAUCACUGUUCAAGUCUGGUCCUGCUCAACCUUCGCAAAUGGGAUCCUUCCGGCAUCAGUCGUACCGAGAUCGCAACACCGACAUCGACAAGGAUACUGCCAGCUUGAAAUCGAUGGCAGAACGCUACGACCGUGGAGAUCGCCUUGGCCCUCAGUCUCCAGGAAUUGCAGGCUUUACUGGCAGAGUCAAGGACAGAGAGACUGCACCGCAUUUCAACGGCAGCGUUGCACGCAUUGGCCCUGCUCCCCGAAGAACAGAAGGUAGGGAAACGGGUCGUCGAAAACCCGGAGAUGAGGCGAGUGAUUGGCGCAAAAACGCAGAUCCUGCACGUGAACGGACGGAAGCUCGGGAGUCGACUCGUACCGGUCGUGAACGGGACAGUUCCAGGGCAGCAGGUGACGAUACCGCUAGCGAAAGAAAACGACGAGAUCGUUCUAGAGCAGCUGAAGAGGACUCUCGACGAUGGAAAGAUGAGAAUGGCACCGGUCGACCGGAAAAGGAGCGCAAAGGUCGCGAGCCGUCCACCGUCCGAGACGAGCGUGAGACAAAUCGUAAUGGACGCAAACGCGGGGAAGAGGAUGAACGAGCAGAGGCUAAUCGUAAACGUAGAGAAGAGAGAGAUAAGGAAACUCCAGCGUGGUUUGAAGACGACGCUCCAAGCGGAGCGGCCAAAGGCAUUGUAGGAGCCAGGGUCGGGGACGAACUUGACGAGCUACAAAAAUGGAAGUUGGAGAAAAAGGCAAAGGAGGAAGCAAAGGAACGGGAAGCCAAUGCAGCAGCCAACGUGGCAUCGACUGCUCAAGACCAAGAUCAUGGCGCAGACACAACCUCACCACCUUCAGAAGAACACAAAACGCCUCGCCCGGCGAAGAAUCGAGGGGAUCUGUUACCUGCGCCAGCUCCUCCACUGCCGCAGCAAACCACCGACAUUUCUGGUGCUGCCAGCCCCCUUGAUCAAAUCAAGGCCAUGAUGGGUAUGACCAACGGUGAAUCCCAGAAUCACGACGAUUCCAUCACGUUCGGCACAAGCAUCUCCAACGAACCAUCAGCGGCCCUUCCGGCCUUCUUCACAAUCCCGAAUGAUGCCCCUUCUCGACAGCCACCGUCAACGGCCACCAGCAACCCUACCUUCGUCGCCCAACCCCUUAACGAAGAGUCUCGCAGGACAGUUGAAUACGACGCACCUACCAAGUCACGGCAUGCGUUUGCCCAACCCAAAGCUCAACCUUCGCCAUCACCGGUUGAUGGCAUGAGCUUUAGCUCUCCUAUGACUGGAGAGCGAGCAGGCAUUCCUGGAGCGCCUGGCCUCGGAGCACCCCCAGGUCUCCGUCAGCUCCAAUCCGUUGAGCCAUCUCAGCGUACAAGAAAUGUCAGCGAUGCUUCCCAACAAUUACCAGGUCAAGCUCGGAAUGGACCAGGUGUGGUUCUGCCUUUGGGUAUCAACAACGCCACAGAUCCCACGUUUGCAAACCGACCGAUGCCUCCUCAUAUGAACAUUGGCGGUCCAUUGCUCCAUCUCCCCGCCUCUGCUGGAGCCAAUGCUGGUCCUCGAGAUGGGAAUGUCAAUGUUCUCUCCGUCGUCUCACCUCAACCGCAGGCAGGGGCUGGUCCAAUCAAUGCAGUUGGUGGGCAAGGCAUGGUUCCUCGUGUACAAACCGAAUCUCCCCAACAAAACCUGUUGGCACGACUUGGCAUUCUUGGUGGUGGUCAGGACCGAAAGCCAUCGCCAAAGAUGGCCGAACCUGGAUACGACCGUGGAAUGGUGCCAGGAGAUGUGCGAAUGCCGAUGCCUCAGCAGCAUUAUGGUGCCGGUCCUCCUGGAUUCGGACGAGACCCAUACGCAUCGCCCGCAACGGAUAGAUUCGAUCCCAACGAGGCUCGCUACGGCAUGGGUCAUGCGUCCACAAGUUCGACGUCGUCGUCAACCUUUUCCCCUUCGCCAGUCGCGGGCAACAAUCCAUCCAUGGUGCUCUCUGCAAAGGGUAGUCGGCUCGCCAAGUUCUUUGACAAUCCACGUGGAGACGAUAUAAGUCCAUCAGCUGCCAUGCACGGUCCGGGUUCGAAUGUGAUGCCGCCUCCAGGUCACCAGAAUCGCAAUGGUAUCGUCACGCCACCGCAAUUUGAUAAUAGCAAGAACCAGGGAAUGCCAGAUCUGCUCGCGCUACUUCAAGGAGCGCAGCCACAAGGAAAUCAGCAACCUAAUCGUAUCAACAACGGUAUGGAUCCAUCCAUGGACCUUGCUAUGCAGCGCCACCGUGAACUGGCUCUCCAGCAACAGCAGCUCCGAGAGAGAGAGGCCCGACAGCUCGAUCCGCUCUACAAUCAAAACGCCGACUUUUACGAUAGCCGAGGUGCCUUUGUCGCGAACGACUUGGUCCCUGGUCUACGUCCGCCAAUUCAACGACAAGAGCGCGACUUGUACAACUCUGACCGUCUCGAUGAGCGAUUGAACUACGCCGCCCAUGGUCGUGUUCCAGGCGUUCCUGGAGGGUACGACCAGAUGAUGCGCAAUAUGAGUGGGGGUCCUGCUCCUCGUGCUAAUCCUGGGAUGUACCCGGGAAUGGGUAAUGCGCCACCAGGCUUGGCUGGACAUCUGGCUGCCGAAAUUCUUCAGCAGCAACAACUCCAGCAACGAGAGCGUCAACGUCAGCAGCAACAGCAAAGGGAACUUGAGCGGCAACAGCUCCUGGCAAUGCAAGCGAACGCACUCAAUAGCCGAGGGUUGAGUGGAAACAUUAUCCCUCAGCUUGCACCUCGCCAAUCCCCCGUUGAUCAGUAUGCGAGAAGUGGUGGAAGAGCACCUAUCAAUGAGAUCCCCGUUCAACAAUUCGGCUACAAUGGUCUAGGUGGAGGAGCCCUCGGUAAUGUCCCAGGAAACCUUGGAGGCCUUAAUGGUAAUGCGGGCUAUAAUGGUCUCAACGGGGUCUCGAAUGGCUUCGAUAGCCCUCUCCGUCAACAACAACAGCAGAUGAACAUGCCUCAACGUCAGCUUGGUAUGGGUUAUGGUGGCGUUGGAGGUAUCGAGGCCCGGUACGCUCAACAGCAGGCGCAACUCCACGCCACACAGGGGCACAACCAAGGUUCUGGGUCCUCUAGCGACCUUAUGGCCCUCCUUCUCGCCGGAAAUCUAGGUGGUCAGCAGAACUAG